GCAGGUCGCCGAUUCUUGCUAUACCCUAAAAUGGCGGAAAGAGUCCAUCCUGGCGACUCUCCGACGAAUCCCGCCACCGAAACGACGCCGCAUCAACAAGUUUCCUCUCCUAAACCAACGGCGGAGAAGCCCGUCACUCCGCCAGGUACUUACGUUAUCCAGAUCCCCAAGGAUCAGGUCUACCGCGUCCCUCCGCCGGAAAAUGCUCGUCGUUACCAGCAGCUCACUGGCCGGAAGGCUCGCCGGAGCCGUUGUUGCUGUUGCCUCUGUACUUUCCUCGCUAUCAUCCUUGUCCUGAUCGUCCUCGCCGGAAUCGCAGCCGGCGUACUCUACCUCGUUUUCCGACCAGAGGCACCCGACUACUCCGUCGAAAGCCUCUCCAUCAAGGGAUUCAACCUGACGGCACUGUCCCCAAUCUCGCCGGAAUUUGACGUCACUGUGAGAGCCCGGAAUCCUAACGACAAAAUCGGUAUAUUCUACGAGAAAGGUAGCUCUGUCGACGUUUUCCACCACGACGUGAGGCUUGGAACCGGCGCACUGCCGGUGUUUUUCCAGCCGACGAAUAACGUGACGGUGUUCGUCACGGCGUUAACGGGGUCCGGUAUUGAGCUGACGAGUGCAAUUCACCGAGGUUUGGUGGACGCUCAGAGAAGUGGAACGGUGCCGUUUAAGAUUAAGCUGAGAGCGCCGGUUAGAAUCAAGAUUGGAUCCGUCAAGACUUGGACGAUUACCGUCAAGGUCAACUGCGAUGUGACUGUGGAUAAGUUAACGGCGGCGUCUAAGGUUGUGUCCAAGCGCUGUGAUUACGGCGUGAAUAUCUGGGAUUGACGGGAAGGGCACGUUUGGUUGUAGAAAUAGUUAACGUUCCAUUUUUCGUUUAUUCUUUUUGUUACAUACGGGUUGAAAAGGGACUAUACCUUACUUAUUAUAAGCACUGUAGAAAUUAUAUGAUACAAUUUUUAUUGUUCUUCUAA